AUGCAAAGUUCUGUAAAAUAUAUAUAUCCCAAAAUAUGGCGUAUCCCUAAGGAUUAUAUAUCUAAAUGUAAUUUAAAACCCGAAUUGUACGAAAAUAAAAAUUGUAAGGACCAUAUACUUAAUGUUAUCUGCGGAUCACACCUCUUGCACUUCUCACCAUACGAUUCCGCCCUAAUCUUGGAUUUAUUGACAGAUAAAUUAGAUAAUAACACUAAAGUUUCAAGCUUGAAGAGUUCUGGAAGUAUAAAGUGUAAAUCUCACACCCUGUAUAAACCGGCAAUAAAGAGAAUAGUCGACAGUGUAGUUAACUACAGGACUGAAUUGUUCCCUUAUUUCUACAGAAAGUUCUCAGAAUUACACGAGAAAACAGCUCUAAAGUCAUUGGUGUCAACGAUCCUAGAUACAAAUAGCCUAAAGAGCUAUAAUCUAAAUGUACUGAUCGAUUUAUCAUACCUAACCUCGUACCAUAUACCAGCGAACUGUUUCAAUAACUCAGAAUUGGAAAAUACAAACGAAGAAUAUAAACUGUAUAGCAGAUUUUAUAGCGAGUUGCUAGAAAAUUUGACAAACCUGCUUUCCAAAAAUAGGAAUAGCUUGAAUAAAGUGUUAGUGUACAAGCUGUUUAACUGUUAUUUAGUGACUGAACUGCUGAAGAAUGACUCUUGGGAAUCACAGUACCUAAUCAGAAUUUAUUCAUCUUUGUUUAAACUGGAGUUACUGGAUUCCGAAAAGAAAAAUCUAAUUUACCGCUGCAUAGAGUUGAUAAUAUACCAGUUGAGUACCAAGGACCUUAAAUUGAUACUAUCGAUAAGUUCCAAAUUAAACGACAAGUAUAUUUAUAAAUAA